GCUCAAAGUGUCAUAAAUAUCAGUCCCCGGGAUCCUUAUGCUCAUUGUCCGCUUUCCCGUGUCAUUACGCCGUUUCAUUGAAAUAACACGGAAGAAGGAAACCAUAAAUUUCCACUGCUGAAUCGUCUUUGGGUACACGAAACAACAGUUGCAUGCCGAUCCGAAUCCAACGUUUAUCAGCGCCGGUUCCAGCAAUAAUAGGACGAGCAAACAGGCCAGCACGUCUACCUUCCUCAACUGGUUCUUCUACAGUUCUUUAUAUACGUGGCCGUUAUCGCUUUUUGUCCACACUUUCUCCGCAAAAGCAUCGCACAAUGUCUUCGGUAGCAAAUGGGCCUAACCCCGCACACGCCUCGACAGCGCAUCCAGCAGGACCCAAACAUCUCAUCUUCGCGCCUGGCGGCUCUACAACGCAUGCACAAGCAGCACAAUUCACCAAAGGCGUCCUCUCUGCCAAAACUCUCGCAGCCUCUCCCUUGACCCAGUUCAACGCAUGGUUCCGCGAAGCUCAAGCGUCGGGCAUUCCGUCUCCAGAAGCACUCACGUUAUCCACUGCAUCCCUACCAUCUGGGCGGGUCAGCGGACGGGUACUCUACCUCAAGGAACUCGACGAGCGGGGAUUCGUCGUGUACAGCAACCUCGGACACAGUCGCAAGUCGCACGACAUCCGAACAAAUGCAUUCGCCAGCAUGACAUUCUGGUGGCGCGAAAUCGAACGGCAGGUGCGCAUCGAGGGUAAAGUCGAGCGCAUCGAUCAAGCCGAGGCGCAGCGAUACUACGAUACCCGCGUACGAGGCAGCCGGAUUGGCGCGUGGGCAAGCGAGCAGGGCCAAGUCCUUGGAAGAAGAAAGCUCUUGUCAAAAGAGGAUACGAAAAAGGAAGUAGACGCCCUAGCUGAAGUGGAAGCCGAGGCUGAAGAGCAGGAGCGGAAGCAUGCCCCUGACAACUCUUCCUCUGCGACAACAGCGAAACCUGGAAUCGAGGAAGCUUCCAUAAGUGCAUCUGGACCUGAAGAAGAAGCAGCCAAGCUCAAAAUCAACGGAGACAUUCUUCACCACCCCCACCCCGAAGAAGCCGCUUUCCUUGCCGCUGCGGUGGCCGUAGAUGCCAAUGGCAAACCAGACGAGGAAAUGGGCCGCCAUAUCCUCGAGGACCGCGUCCGCGAGGUCGAACAGCGCUUUGAGGGCGUCGAAAAGAUCCCCGUCCCGGACUUUUGGGGCGGCUAUCGCAUCGUCCCGGACAUGGUGGAGUUUUGGCAGGGCCGAAAUAGCCGCCUCCACGACCGCUUCAGGUAUACGCGUGACCUUGACCUGGGCGAGGACGAUGCCCCUUGGACCCUUGAACGGUUGUCUCCUUAAGGCAGAGUAAUGGGUCCAGGACAGAAUAUAUAGCCUUGGUGGUGGUAGCAGGAUCAAUUGGUUGCGCGGUGCUGUGGCGACACCAUGAGAAGGGAAGGGAAAGCAAGGGUACUAAGCGUGAUCUGAAUCUAUAGAGCAAACUUAUUUUUGCUUUCAUUUGUCCAUCUUUUACUGCUCACUUGCUCCUCAUCUUGUUUAUCCCUUUGUUUUUCUUUUUGCUUUUUCAUUUUUGCUCUUUUCUUAUUUUUUAAAGGCAUGACUGUUCGGCACUCUUCAGCAUAGUGCAGCACAAUAUGCAUUGAGCGUCUUUUGGCAUUCAACAUACCCGUU